ACCUUUCUUUCAGAAUUAUAAUUGUGUUCGUAAUAUUAAGCUUCGCUAUUUGGAGCUGUAUAAUAAUUUACUGCAUAUACCAGAAAUGCAAACCAAAAACCGACAGAGGAGAGAGUAACCAUGUGGAGGAAAGCAGCGGGAGCAGAUAUCCAGCUUUUGACAUUCAAGGGGAUCUCAGCCGCGUUUCUGAGCGACCGUUCACUGUAACGGAGAGGAUGGAAGCUCCACCAUCUUACGAAGAAGCGAUUAAGCAUGAUGCAUUUCGUGGGUAUUCACUUUGUACAACAAGUGACGUCAUCCACGAAACCCAAAGACCAAAUUCGAACGAAAGCUCAAACUUUACUGAAGUCCUGCCAGAGAAUCCUGUUUCCCCGACCUACAACCAACCUACCUCAUCUCAGGAAGUACCAGCAUCAACGUCAGGUUGCAGCAGUUAUCAAGCUAAGAGUGGCGCUAGUAAUAAUUGUGCUUCUAAUCCCCUCACGACCAUAAGCGAAGAAUUUGAUGAAUACGAUGCCACGAAUCAACCGCUGACCGUCGUCAUUGACUCUAUAGGUGUUCAUUCAGCUCGCCUUCUGAACGACUGUGAUACUUCCGUCCAACUGCCCAAAACUGAUGAGCUUACGUCAGAUUCGAAAUGCUGAAAGAUAUACAUAUAACUAUUUAUAUUAUAAUGAUAUUCAGAUAAAUUAUAUGUAGCUUCUGAAAUGUGAAUUUCAAAUACUUCAUGAACUUCUGGUCUCAUACAGAUGUCAUAUUACGUGGAUUCGGCAUCUAUUCAUUGUGUCUGACAGACAAAAUGAGUUAAUGUUUUCCUUAAUUUGCAAAACAUUGUAAUGAAAGAAAAUAUGUACAUACUGCAAAUGAAACAAAAAUACGUACUUCAAAUACUUAUUACAUACUACAAAUGCGUAGAUAUUUGAAAAUACAGACGUACAAAACGUUUAAGAAUAUAUCUGUAGAAUUCUAAGUUAGUCGUCGCCAUUUUUAAAAAAGGCAUCAGUAAAAUAAAGUAUAUUUUGUGAA